AACAGCCCUAACGAUAAAAACUGAACGCACACAACUUUUCCGGUAAUAUAGAAAAAAACUAUAAAUACCAACCAGUCGGCCGCUCUAAAUUUUUCCCGAGAAAGAUCUUCGAGCCCAGCGCUACAGUGUUUGUUAACAAUCAGUAAUCGAUCCCCAUCUUCACUGAGAAAAGCAAUGUCUAACGAUCACAAGAAAAGACUUGCUUCUAGAUUAGAGUGGGAAGGUUUCAUCGAGACGAAGAUCAAAAGUGAUGGAAAUUGCCAGUUUAGCUCUUUAGCGGAUCAGCUCUUCAGGUGUCCAGAGCAUCAUGAGAAAGUUCGAGAAAGAAUAGUUAAACAGCUUAAAACUUGUCCAAAAAUUUACAGAGAGUUUGUUGAGAUGGACUCGAGUAAAAAGAGAACAAACGAACUUCCCAAGGAUUACUCCGAGUAUGUCAAGAACAUGUCAAAGAACGGUGUGUGGGGUGAUAGCGUCACGUUGCAGGCGGCUGCUGAUACGUUUGGGGUGAAGAUAGUAGUCAUUACAUCGGAGAAAGAAGUAGAUUCCAUGGAGAUUGUUCCCAAGUCUUUGACACUCGAGAGGGUUGUUUACUUGAGCUAUUUGGCUGGGGUCCAUUACAACUCCAUCUACUUAAAAGGUUCAGAGACCGAUGCUGCUCCCUUGGAGCUUCCGGGGAAGAGUAAGAACAAGAAUACGAAUAAGAGUGACAUGGAGCCACAAGGGAGGAAUGAGAAUGACAAGGACAAGAACAAGGAGAAGAUGAAGAAGAACAAGGACAGAAACCAAAGGAAGAAUAAAUAGCUACAAGAUACCUUUACCGUUCCCUUGAUUUGUUGGUAGAUAGAGGUUGUUUUUCAUUUGGGAAACAAAAAUGUAAACGAGACAAAAAAAAGGGUUUACAGAGCAUAACUUUGCUG